ACGCAUGCGUCUGUUAAGCAAAAUAGAAGAGCGAAAUGAUGUUACUUUAGGCCAGUUAACGGAAGAUUGUCAGAAAUUGAUAAAUUUGCGUCGCGAUACGGCAAUGAUAGAGGGAGAAGUGCGUCUUCAGUAGGAGUAGGGGCUACGAUAAGCCACAAAAUGCCGGAUGGAACUGUGAAAGUAGUGCAGCAUGCAGCGCGAGCGCUGACAAAAGCAGAAGAAGGUUACAGCCAACCAGAUCGAGAGGGCCUAGCUAUUAUAUUUGCUGUCACGAAGUUCCAUCGUAUGAUUUUCGGGCGGAAAUUUACACUACAGACCGAUCACGCUCCGUUAUUACGGAUUUUUGGUUCACGCAAUGGUAUUCCAGUGUAUACGGCGAAUAGGCUACAGCGUUGGGCCUUGACAUUGUUGAUGUACGAUUUUAAGAUCGAAUAUGUGCCGACAGAUAAAUUCGGAAACGCAGACGUUCUAUCACGUUUAAUAGAUAGACAUGAAAGGCCAGAACCGGAAUUUGUUGUAGCAAGUAUUAAUGCGGAUAAAGAAGUGCAAUGUCUAGUUAGAUGUAUCACGGAAGUAAUGACACUUACGUUUGAAGAUAUUGUGCGUGGAACCAGUAACGACGUUAAAUUGGAACAAGUAGCGAACUACGUUCAAAACGGAUGGCCGACUAGGAAACUGGUGGAUACUGAACUCAGAAGUUUUCAAGUUAGGAGCGAAUCUCUAUCCACCUUUAACGGAUGCAUACUAUUUGGCGAUCGAUUAGUGAUUCCAAGAGAUCAAAGAUUAAAGUGUUUAGCUCAGCUUCAUAAAGGCCACCCGGGCAUUGAGAGAAUGAAGGCCCUUGCGAGAAGUUACGUUUAUUGGCCCGGGUUGGAUCGCGAAAUAGAAGAAAAAGUAAAGCGUUGUAGUAAUUGUGCAAGUGCGGCUAAGUCAAUGGCUCAUAGCAUACCAAUCCCAUGGCCAGCAGCUAAAGGUCCCUGGCAGCGCGUGCAUGUCGAUUUUGCCGGACCAAUAGGAGGAAUGCAUUAUCUGUUAGUUGUUGAUUCUUAUUCUAAGUGGCCGGAGAUUGUAGCGACUCCAACAAUCACGUCUAGUGCGACUAUUCAAAUUUUACGAGGGAUAUUUGUUCGAUUUGGAAUGCCGAAUACCUUAGUGAGUGAUAAUGGGGCACAGUUCACGGGUGCAGAAUUUAAUACAUUCUGCACAGUUAAUGGUAUAGAACAUCUGCGCACUGCACCCUUCCAUCCCCAAUCAAACGGACAGGCCGAAAGAUUUGUAGAUACCUUUAAAAGGGCUUUAAACAAAUUGGAAGGGGAAGAAAAUACGAUACAAGAAGCUUUAGAUGUUUUUCUAAUAACGUACCGAAGUACACCACACAAACUUCUAGAGAACGAUCAAUCGCCAGCUGAGGUUAUGUUAGGCCGUCGUAUGCGGACUUGUAUGGAAUUAUUACGGCAUCCAGCUGAGCCAGUUAUAAAUGAAACGAAUUGCGCAAUACUAUCAAAAGUGUACAAUAUGAAUGAUCAGGUCUAUGUAAAAAGGUAUUUUAGAAACAAGUGGAAAUGGGUGCGCGGCAUAGUUCAAGGGAAGUUAGGAAGAGUAAUGUAUGAAGUGCUUACUGAAGAUAACAAGCUACAAAGAUCGCACGUAAACCAACUUCGUAGACGAUAUGAUAAUACUCAGCCGGUUUUGAACAAACCCCGUAUGUUAGACGUGCUGUUAGACACUUGGGGUAUAGACGCGUGUAAGCCAGCAUCAUCAUCAGUAUCGCCCUGUAUACCGCAUCAUCAAACAGCAUCGCCGUUAUCAUCAUCGUCAUCCUCAUCUAUAUCGCCGUCGUCAUCGUUUCCGUCAGUACUUCCGUCAUCACCAUUGUAUUCGUCAUCGUUGGCACCAGCAGAGGGGAGUACCUCAAUGUCUCCGGGAUUUGCAACCGCCGAUAGCGGACCAACAACACCGGUGGAACAUCUACGCCGAUCUACGAGGGUUCGAAGACCGCCGCAGUGGAUGGAGCCUUACCGCCGGAAUUAGGAGGGAGAUGUUGUGGAGAUACGGUUGUGUCGAAACCGUGCUUAGUACACAGCCUUGUGUACUAGGCUUCACAACCCGACGAGUGACAAAUGUCACUCGGUUCGGUGUGUGUGUAUGCGAAGUUUUAUCUCUCUCUUCUAUCGCCAGCGGUCGCCGAAGCAGGAUGCGUGAAAUAUACGUUAAGUAAUUGUAUUCAAAGUAUUGAUAUUGUACGUGUGUUAUUACCGUUACAACAGGAUGUUCAUUCAUCUAGUUGGGAUAGGCCUGUAGGCAUAAUAAUAGGCAUCAACUGGUGUAAUCCGAGCCAAGUAGCAAGCUGGUAAAUUAAAAUUAUGGUAAAGCGUAUUGAUAAAGUGUUCGCAGGAAUAACUACCUAGCGCGAGUAAACUUAAGUCACAGAAAUCCAGAAAAGGCCGACCGAGACCUUUCGAGGUUAUAGUGCCAAGGAAGAAGAAGAACAUAUAUUGGUUUGGAAGGUACUUGCUUCCCGGAGUACACAAAAUCUGAUCGAGCAUGAUUAAAGCUAGCAGUAACUACAAAAUAAAAUUGUACAUUGAGUUACAACCUCAACAUGUACCAAUUACGUUUUAUUGUACUUUGCCGAAUAUGUUUUGAGUAAUCGCCACCAACACUCAAAUGUCGCGUCCGAACACCCGACCUACGAUAUCUAAUCACACUCUCUCAGCUCGGCAAUCGCUAUAUCAGGUACUAUCUGAAUCCUACUACGAACCCCGGUGGGGCUUGCUCGCUUCGUACCUCGAUAAUCGAUGAGGGUUUAUGAGGAUCAGAUUAACCGGCAAGAUGCGCGAAUCGCCCUAUAAAGCUUCCACCCAUGCUACCAUUUGCCAUCAGUUUUUGUACGAGCGCAAAAAGAAACGUCGUACAAUUAGAUAUGGAAAAAUUACUCAUAAUCGCUGGCCUGUGCUGUCUUGUCGGUGCAGGACUAGCUUCCUUCCAACGGCAGCCGCUCCUGAUACAGGGCAACUUUGUGCCUCGCAACUCAUCGGCUGACAGAGGCCGCUGCCAAGGUCAACCAGAUGGCACCCUGUUCCCGUCCGCCAACUGCUCCAAUUUCAUGGAAUGCCAAGGAGAUCGGGAGGUAGAGAUCGCCUGCCUGCCAGUAGGUACCAUGUACGACUAUCAGCGUGAAGUUUGUGAUCAUCCAGAGUUUGUGACCUGCUGGACGGAGGAAAAUCGUUGCACUGGCCGAGACAACGGAACGCUUAUUCCUGCCACCAACUGCACCAACUUCAUCAUCUGCAUGAAUGAGCUCGAAAACGAGGAAGUCACCUGUGCGCCCGCCGGUACGCUGUUCGACUAUCAGCGAGAGGUGUGUGACCAUCCAGAGAACGUUCAGUGCUACGAGGGCGGUGCUUGUGCGGGCCGUCCCGAUGGAUCGCUGGCACCAUCGCGCAACUGCAGCAAUUUCUUCCGCUGUGAAAAUGAAGACAUCGCAGAGGAAAUCACCUGCCA